GAGCUGAUUAAAGAAGACAAAGAUAAUCAACGAUCUUGGACAGCUGUCCUUGAAUCAAAAUUCGAAAACCACAAUGAAUUAAUUGAAAUUAUCUCUGAAAAGGAGUUCAAAUGUCCUGUUUGCUUUGGAUUGGUUGAUCAGCCUGUCACUACAGCUUGUUCUCAUAAUGUUUGCCAAGAAUGUCUUUCUCGAAGUAUUGAAAUUAUGGGUAGAAAAUGUCCUCAAUGUAGAACUGAGUUUCCGGCUGACUUUAAACUCAAAUCGAACAAAAAAUUGAUCAAGGCAUUACAUGAAGUUCUUCCAACUUAUGACUUGGGCGAUUCGAAACCUAGUAUUUCGAAGAAGAAUAAAGGCAAAGGCAAAUCGCAUUAA